AUGCCAAAAGAAAUUCAGAAAACAAAAAAACCUAUCGCUGCUCCAUAUCCUGCUGUUCCUUUAAAAGAAACAAAUAAAAACAUUCAAGCACCUUUAAAACUAAGCUUGACAACCGAAACGGAAUUGCACAGAAAAAUCAUCAAGUUUAAAAGUUUAGUUGAUAGAUGGAGAAGAAUAAAAGUUCUUGUUGUUGACGAAGUAAUGGGAGAAAAUAAUAAUUCAUACGAGAAAAAUGAAAAUCCAAAUGCUUCAAAUACAAGAGUAAUUCCAACUAAUUUUCUAGAUCUACUUAAUAAUACUCUUGACGAUGUUGAUUUAGUUCAUUUGUUAGCUGAAACUUCCAUAAAAGUAAUCCCUAAAUUUACUGCUGCAACUUUGUCUGUUUGGCAAUGA